AGCCUUAAUUUUGGCUCAAGGCUUCGGCCGCUGCGCUAGAUUUCAGCGAAAUCGUUCUUUGUGAAGUUCAAGUUCAUGCUCUUCGUGCUCUUGUUGGCUCCGGCUUUGGCGCUGCGGGAGUCUGCCCAACACAAUGCCCAGGGCAACCUCUCGGUGCUUCUAGCGGAUCAUCAAGCGCGUGGGGGCUUCGGUACCAUCAAUGGUCAAGAAUGCCAGACCCAGCUGAAGAGCCUCUUCUGCUGCUCUACAACGAAUGGCGCCUGUAAAGACAGCCGCCUGGAUUGCCACGGGCGGGCGGGCAUGGGUUGCUCCUGGAGCUUCAAAGGGCGGAUCUGCGAGUGCGACAGCAACCACUGCUUUGACCCCGCGACGAACACCUGCCAGAAGAAGGACGCAUUGCCUGUGGUCGUCGGCCCUGAGGGCAGGCAGAAGUCUACCUCGGUGGGGGUGGAAGACUUUCUGGACGUGCUUGAAGUCACUGCGUCCUCUUCCGUCGCCGUCGUCACCACUGGCUUGGACGUCGCGACGAGCCCUUUUCAAACCAUCGGCAAGAAAGGCGGCAUGUUCUUUGCCGGGGCCUUCGCCGGGUCGCAGCUGAAUAAGGACAUCAACAAGGUGGAAGAGUGGCUGCAGUACGUCCUCUCCAGCUUCGUCCUGUAUCAUGACAACGCGACGAAGUCGUGCAACAAAGCGCCCACAUGGAAAGUGUCAUACGCCACAGUGGACUACGGGCACUGCCAUUUCCCCCUGGCUCAAGAAAAUGGGACAGCUCUAUGGGAAGGCCCGCUGUACUCCUACGAUGGCGGGGCGGGGCACAAGUUCAACAUCUCAUUGAAAGUCAAGGCGGACCAGGUCCGUUGCCUCGAGAAGCUUCAGGUGACCAAGUCCCGAUGCUUUGGAAACAUCAUCUCAGAUGGAGGUCUUUGCAAGCUGGAGCUUGCGCCCGGCUCGAAGUGCCCGAUAAGUGUGACGAACCUGGAAGUGGAGAUUUUUUGCGAGGGUCAGUGCAGCCUCCAGAGCCAGGUGAAGAAGUUGCUGACCUGGGACGAGGCAGACAAUUCCAUCGAGGUGGGGAAGAAGGUCUAUAUCUACAAGCCCGACUCCACAAGAUACAGAACCGAGUGUUCCGGCCAACUCCACGUGAUCGAAAAGAAUAUCAUCAGAUGUAACGGAGAGGGAAACUUUUGCUUGCGUCACUGCAUGGGCAGUGUCGGCUGCUGGCACGCGAGCAACUUGCUUACAGAGAAGUACUGCGAGUCCCGUAUCACACGAGGAGCCAGAGCAGCUUUCGGCUGGCUGGCCGGUCGGUUGCCUGACGCGUCAGCUGCCAACUCCCGCACAACCCUCCUGUACCGGAAGUUCAAUGCUGAACUGAACAAAGUGAAAGUCCGUGCAGAUGUCUAUGUCUAUCGCACCCGCUCGCUCUUUGAAGCGGUCGACGAGGAACAGGACGAUGACGAUGAUCGCAGGAAGAGCAGCAUUAUGAGGAGCCUCAACGAAGCCUUCGGUGGCAUUGGCCGGAGUCUGAAGAUCAUCCGAACCCAAGAAGAGGCGAACGCGCGUCAGCUGGAGCUGAUCAAAAAAUACAAGUUCAACAUGCAGCCGAAGAAGACCAAGGAUGGCAAACCUCAGGGCUAUGAGCUCGUGGUCUGCAACCAGGGAGUCUGGAACGAAGCGACGCAAGACUACGACCUGCCGCCUCUGAAGAAGUGCCAGAAGGUCCGGGCGGUGAACCUGCAAAUUCUGGCAACACAGGCUGACUACCUCGAAAUCCAGGAGAUCAGCAGCAGUCAGAACCAGGAUACCUCACUGACCGGCGGCAGUCCUGGAAUCGUGUUGUCCUUGGCGGCAAAGGUGGCGCGCACGAUGUUUGCCCGCUUCUCUGUGAAUAUGGCAGGGAUAGACCCCACUUCUGGAACCUCGAAAUUCUGCAAGGACAUGUGGAAGUCAGGAAGUACGCCGGAGAAGUCCUUCGCAGUCGGGGUGCGCUGUGACUCCAGCAACAUCAUGGAUGACAACGAUCCGGACGAGGUUGGAGACGGAGUGGACGCACGCUACGAGUUUGAGAUCGUGGAGCUGAAGCCGGUGUGGAAUGCAGCUCGCAAGAGGAACCAGCAGCAGAUCGGCAUCCGGGGCGGAUACAAUUUGCAGUGGUGCAGAGUGCUGACCCAAGACGACCGCAAGACCAAACUGAAGGCCGGCGCCUUGAUCUGCGACCUGGAUUUGCCCACCGAGGAGGGAGGCCUUGGCCUGGUGAGGGAUGGCGCCAUGCCCCCCGAGGCCAUAUUCAAAAUGGAGCAGAUCGGCUCCAACGACGUGGGCUCGCCUGUGGUUCUCUCCAACAGCAACGAUGCAUCCGGCGACUGCGCGGAUGGGAACGAUGCCGAAGCCCGCGAGCAGGUGCGAGACGGCUUGGCCGACGGAGCCAAUGUGUCGCAACGUCUGCAAGUUCGCAUUGUGUCCAUCGCCAACGGGAAGGUUUGCCGCAUCCAGCAGGUGCUGUUGGAGAAGGGCCUCUUUCGAGAUACAACAAAGAAGCUGAUGGUUUGCGAUGCUAAUCCCGACGCCUCGGACACGAGCCAGCUGACCACAUUGACAGGCUACACUGACGGUCUGGUCCCAUCGCCAUAUUGGAACCUGCUGAUUGUGCUGAGCCUGUCCUGCAUGGGCACCGCCCUGGGCUGGACCGGCGGCAAGUGGGCCGCACUGCUCGGCGGCGCCGGGAUGAUCGUCUCCGCCGCCACGGUGGUGGUGGGCACCGCCGCGGGGGCGGCCGGGGGCUUCGUCCUCUCGGGCUACCUUGCAAAUGAGCAUCAUCUUGAUGGCAUCAUGCUGCGCUACUUGUUGAACCGGAAGUUGCAGGGCGUUGGUCAGUACAUCCUCUGGUGCAUCGAGUUCGCCCUGGACUUUGAGCUGCCCCGGCCAUGAGAGUCUUGCGGAAGAUAAACAUGUAAGCAGAUGGCGCCAUUCCGGUUGCUUCAUUUUUUUUAGUUUGAUAUGCUGGGUUUUUCCAGCUUCGUGUUAAGCCCCUGUUGGCAGUUUUGCCUAGUUAACGGUUUUCGCG